AUGCAACGUUUCCAACUGCAAACAAAUUUACCUAAGGGUCUUAUUGAAUGGAUACCAAACAAUCAGAAACAUAUGAAUCGUAUUGAAGUUAUGUCUGGUCGUACCGAUGAAUGUAAAUUUCAAGUUUCUGUGUCAAGACGAGGAUCUUUUCGUGGUGUUAUAGUUUUUGUUGCAGAUGCUCCGAGUAAUAAUUCAGAUAGUGAUGAUGAAAAUGAUGAGGAAAUGUCAUCAAAAUCUAAAAAUAAUCAAACUAAUGAAACAUCAAAAACAUUAAAUGAAUUAGAUGAAAAUUCGAAUUCAGUUUAUCGUCUUUGGUGUGAAGUAGAAAUUAAUAUUAAACCAGGUCCACCUAUUAAACAAAUUGAAAUUAUCUGUCCAUGUCUUAGUUCUAAAACAAUUGAAUUACCAUUUACUUUACAAUCAGAAUUGUUUAAAAAUAAUCAACCAGUUGAAUUUGAUGUCAUCAUUGAAGAUAAAUGUUUAAUUGGUCCAAAAACACAUUGUGUAACUUCUAUUGACAAUUCUGGUAAACUUUCAUCAGUUUAUCAACUAAAUUGUAUUCCAUCUAUUAUUGGAACUAGUAAUUCAACUGUCAUUUUUUAUAAUCCAAACUUUGGGGAAUUUUGGAUUGAAUUAAUAAUAAAAGCCAUCAAACCAGAAGUUGUCGAUGGACCAAUUAUAGAAGCUGAAUUAGGAAGCUCAAUAAUCACCAAAAUCUUAUUAGAUAAUCCAACAGAAGAGCUGUACAUUUUAAAACCCAAAAUAUUUAACCCUGAUGUUUUCAAAUUACAAUUAUCAACAUCAACUAAACAACUCGCUUGUCUAUCACCAUCAUUAACUACAGAAUUAGGUGAACAACAUCAUUCACAUUUACAAAUGUCAACAUUAUGUCGAUAUUCUGAUAAUGAUACAUUAGAUAUAAAUGAAGUGGAAAAUAAUUCUUCACGUAUAUUAUCAACCAAUCGAAGUAGUGGUUUACAUACUACAGAAAGAAUAAUUAAAUUAAAACCGAAAUCUAAAUUAUAUCUUGGAUUGAAAUUCACUCCAUGUGCUAUUGGUAAAGAGGAACAUGAAGGAUCAAUUGUAUUUUAUUCAGAAAAAUUAACAGAAUGGUGUUUUAAUUUGCAUGGUAAUGGUGUUGCACCACAACCAAGAGAUCCUAUUAGUGUAUCAGUUAUGAUUGGUUCAGCCACCACAUUAAUAGUGCCAAUUACGAAUCCAUUCAAAUAUGAUACUAUAUUGGAUAUAAGUUUGUAUGAGACCACUUUAUCUGGUCUGUUCAAGCAUUUGGAAGAUACACGUAAUGCUAUACUUAAGGAUCAGUCGGACAAUAAAUCAAUAAACUCAUGUUCAGUUGAUAAUCAUAACAACAACAAUGAAGAGUUCGAUGAUCAGCUGAUGGAACCAAAUGAAUGUAAUUGUGAUGAAAAUAAUCAACCGUAUAGUAAGAGUUUAUCAACGAAUCCAGGCAAUACAAAUAUCUAUUCAGCUUUUCAACUUUUAAUAAAAGAGAAAAAAAAUAUACGUCUGUGA